UCUCAGCUCUCUUCACCCCCUCACCGGCUGGAGUCGCUGGCAGUUACUCCGGUGCGUGUUCGUUCGGGACCGCGGGAGGCUGUAGGUGUGCGGUGUGAACUUCUUGUGCCGAGAGCUGUGCAUCACCAAGAAUGAGGCUUGUAAUUCUUGAUGACUAUGACUUGGCCAGUGAAUGGGCAGCAAAGUACAUCUGCAAUUGUAUCGUUAAGUUCAAACCUGGACAAGACAGGUAUUUUUCACUGGGCUUACCAACAGGGAGCACACCUUUAGGAUGUUACAAAAAACUAAUAGAGUACCACAAGAGUGGGAACCUUUCAUUUAAAUAUGUGAAGACUUUUAACAUGGAUGAAUAUGUAGGACUGCCACGAAAUCAUCCUGAAAGCUACCAUUCUUAUAUGUGGAAUAACUUUUUUAAGCAUGUUGAUAUAGAUCCUAAUAAUGCUCACAUCCUUGAUGGGAAUGCUGAAGAUUUGCAGGCAGAAUGUGAUGCAUUUGAGGAGAAAAUCAAAGAAGCUGGAGGAAUAGAUCUUUUUGUUGGAGGAAUAGGUCCAGAUGGUCAUAUUGCUUUCAAUGAGCCAGGAUCCAGUUUAGUAUCAAGAACAAGAUUAAAGACUCUAGCUAUGGACACCAUUUUGGCAAAUGCAAAAUAUUUUGAUGGAGACUUAUCAAAAGUGCCGACCAUGGCUUUAACUGUUGGUGUGGGGACAGUUAUGGAUGCUAGGGAGGUGAUGAUCCUCAUAACAGGUGCACACAAGGCAUUUGCCCUGUACAAAGCCAUCGAGGAAGGAAUCAAUCACAUGUGGACUGUUUCAGCUUUUCAACAGCAUCCCCGAACGAUUUUUGUAUGUGAUGAAGAUGCUACUUUAGAAUUAAGAGUGAAAACUGUGAAAUACUUUAAAGGGUUAAUGCACGUGAACAACAAACUCGUGGAUCCACUGUACAGCAUGAGAGAAGAGAACUGACGGAGACCGCAGCACAAUUCUGCUUGGAAAAGGAAACUUUUCUUCCUAGAAUUUCAGCUUAUGCAAUAUGAUAACAAUGGGGAAAUAUAAAGACAAUGAAAAAGAAAAGAACAGUGUGUGUUAAACAUUCCAUGUUUAGAAUGUGUUUUACACUAGGGCCUGGAACUAAGUCAACCCCCAACUGGUUGGCUGUUAAAAAAAGUAUAGAAGCUAUAUAGCUACCUAUACACAGCAAAGCAGCGGAAUGUCUGCAUUUGAAGAGAUUCUAUGCAUCAGGUACUGUAUGACAAUCUCUUUGACUUCUUUACAAGAAGACGCUCCAACCUGUUCCACUAUCAUAGAAGCCUUCUCUUUUGGAAUGUCUACUCUUUGUGUGUCACACAUGCUUUUUGCCUGUAGUUGCCUUAGUCAUCUUUCCUCAGUAGCAUCUGGACAUCAGUAGUCCUGCUAUUCAUUAAUCAAGGAAAUCUGAAGAGAUGACACUGUCCCAAAGUAGUUUACAUCCUUUCAGAAAGUGUAAGUGCAUGCUUUUAUGCACCUUCUUAUGUAGUACUUUUUUACAGAUAUGCUUAUUUUUAUUUGAAGACCUACGUCAGUGCCCUUCAUAAAGAAGUAUAUUGGCAACUAUGAGCUUUAUACCUAGCUAUAAAUUAAAGGAAAUCCUUUUGAAGAACAUUUUCUGAUUAUUGUUAAAUUUUAUAAUUCAUCCUUAUAUAUGUCUAAAGGUAUAAGUACUGUAAAUCUUUAAAUUGCAAAAACUUGUAUAAUUAAGCUGCAAAU